UCUCUUCCCAAAUCACAAACGACGAGGUUUAUGAAUAGGAGCUUCUCUCUCUCUCCCACACCCGCCCUACUCGGCUCCUAAACGCUCUCAUUUAGGGUUUUCUAGGGUUUCUUAGCUCCUGAGGUUUCCGUUGGGGGAAUUGGAGCUCGUGAUCUCUCUCUAGGGUGUUUAGGGCUUCUCUCCGCUUGCUCCUUUCCCCCUCUUUGGGGGAUUGGAGCUCGAGAUCUCUUCGGGUGGGGGUUAGGUUAGGGUUUGUUUCGUUUUGGGGGUGGCUCUGUGGAGGUUUCUUCUCGUCGGAUGGAGGGGAGGCGGAUCCCGAUAAGCCCGCGGCCGUGUAGCGGGCGGAGGAUCGUCGCGAGGAAGCGGCCACGGGUGGACGGGCUCGUGAACACCGUGAGGAAGCUCCAGAGGCGGGAGAUCAGCUCCGCGAGAGAUCGGGCGUUUAGCACGAGCAGCGCCCAGGAGAGGUUUCGCAACUUCCGGUUGCAGGAAGAAUUCGAUACUCAUGAUCCAAAGGGACAGUUUUUGCAGCUCCCUUAUUUGAGAAAAAGGUCCAAAAUUAUUGAGAUAGUUGCUGCUAGGGAUGUUGUUUUUGCUUUAGCGCAAUCAGGGAUUUGUGCUGCCUUUAGCAGAGAAACAAACCAGAGAAUUUGUUUUCUCAAUGGAAGUCCUGACGAAGUCAUUCGCAGUUUGUUCUAUAACAAGAAUAACGAGUCACUCAUCACUGUAUCAGUCUAUGCUUCUGAAAGCUUCAGCUCCUUAAGAUGCAGGUCUACUCGAAUAGAGUAUAUCAGAAGGGGCAAGCCAGAUGCUGGUUUUCCUCUUUUUGAGUCGGAAACAUUAAAGUGGCCUGGUUUUGUAGAGUUCGAUGAUGUAAAUGGGAAGGUUCUUACUUAUUCUGCAGAUGAUAGCAUAUACAAGGUCUUCGACUUGAAAAACUAUACGCUGUUGUAUUCUAUACCGGAUAAGAAUAUCCAAGAAAUUAAGAUCUGCAGUCCAGGUAUAAUGCUAUUGAUAUUUGCACGAACCACCAGUCAUGUUCCUCUUAAAAUUCUAUCCAUUGAGGAUGGGACAGUUCUCAAAUCAUUCAACCAUCUUCUUCAUCGAAAUAAGAAAGUGGACUUCAUUGAGCAGUUCAACGAAAAGCUUCUGGUUAAACAAGAGAAUGAGAAUCUUCAAAUUCUUGAUGUCCGGAAUUCUCAAAUAACGGAAGUAAGCAGAACAGAUUUUAUAACUCCAUCGGCAUUUAUCUUUCUAUAUGAGCUACAAUUGUUUUUGACGUUUCGGAAUCAUUCAGUGGCAGUUUGGAACUUUCGAGGUGAAUUAGUCACAUCAUUUGAGGAUCACCUCUUGUGGCACCCCGAUUGCAAUACGAAUAACAUCUAUAUUACAAGUGAUCAGGAUAUUAUAAUUUCAUAUUGCAAAGCUGAUACUGAUGAUUCAUCUGCCGAAGGCACUGCUGGAUCUAUAAACAUCAGCAACAUCUUAACCGGGAAAUGCCUGGGAAAAAUCCAGGCGAGCAGCUUAGACAAGCAAACAUGUUCUUCUAGGUUUAAAAACACAGUUUCAGAAGCUUUGGAUGACAUAACCGCCCUUUAUUACGACGAAGAUCGCAAUGAGAUCUACACAGGUAAUCGUCACGGUCUUGUUCAUGUCUGGUCCAACUAGUAGAGAUUUCCUCUGCAGAAGCGAUAUAUCGGUAUGACGGUAAUCUUUGUAUCAUUAGCAUGAUGUACUUUUAGUUCUUCAGCCAUUUUCUCCUGACCGCUUCAUUAUUUACCUUGUGAGGUUUGUUAACUUCUCGGCAACCUCUGCAGUGUUUUAACUUGUAUUUCCUGUAGUUUUAUCAGCCUCUUUUUUUUUUUUUUUUUGCCAUUCAUUGUAGUUUCGGGACUGUAUGCACAACUCUUAUUUGGUUUUAACAUUUAUUUUAGAUGCUCAUUCUUCCAUCAGUUUGCCCUAACUCUCUUGUCCACCUGGCAUUUGGCUUUGAAACCUGUUCAUUUUUCUA